AUGCCAUUCGAGAUCCAACCCUGUUCGGCAGCCGACGCCCUCGGUCUCGCAAUUACAAUGAUGAGUGCCCGCCUAACAGACCCUCACUGGGCAUUCCUCUGGGAAGACCCCAAUCCAAAAGAUAUCAUUACCAAAAGCGCCCUCCGCGUUCCAUGGAAUCUAGCGACAGGCAGAGACACCAAAAGACAUCAAAAAGUCAUUGAUGUCGAGUCAGGCCAGGUAGUUGGCUACGCGCGGUGGAUUCUACCGGAUUGUCUAGCAAAGCAAAAUGAUGUUUGGCUCGAAGCUCAGGCACCCGAGGGAACUCGGUCUGAGAGAGAAGAGUGGGAGAUACAGCAUAAGGCAAAUACGAGAGGGGGUCAACCUAUCGGUAUGAAGAGUGGUGGGUUGAUGAGUUAUCGCAGUGCGCCGCUUGAAGUUAUUGAUGCUCGGAUUAUGCGAGACGGGCCUUUUCUUAUCUUGGAUUAUCUGACGACUGACCCUGCCUUCUGGAGACGGGGUAUUGCCAGCAUGUUGGUGCAAAGCGGAUUGAAAGUGGGAGACCAGUAUGGGAUGAAAGUCUACGUGAUGUCGGAGCCGGCUGCGUUGAAGUUAUAUCUCAAUCAUGGUUUUGAAUUACUCGAGACCGUGUCCACAGAUUAUUCCAUAUACGGUGGAACAGAGCCUACGGUGGAGCACUUUUUAGUCCGAGUUCCUCGCUCAGUAGUUUGA